UCCACUAGACAGCAGAAGAUGCCAGCAGCCCCAGCCCUCCCGUCCCGUGUCCACGGCCUCUUCCUGGCAUUGCUCUGCAGCUGCACCUGCUUAGAAGGGACAGGUGCAAAACUCCAAGCUUUUAUCAGCUCUCCCCUCCAAAUCAGCGCUUCUUUUGGGCAAUGUUUCUCUGUCCAAUGUGAGGGCUACACGGCAUUUCGAAGCGGUAAUAUAUACUGGCUGGCCAACGGCACGUUUGUAGAGGACUUGUAUCCAGAUGGUGCAGUGAUCGAGGAAGACGCCAGGAAGGUGAAAGUGCCAGGCCGCCACCUCCUGCAGCGGGAGCUGGUCUUCCGCUCCUUCUCAGAACAGGACCUGCACACCACCUUUAAGUGUGUCAUCCUUGACCCCUUCGGCCCCGCCCAGAAGACUCUCACCUGGUUGCCACCCAAGGAAGACGGGCCCGAGACUGGAGGGAGUGGGAGCGGAGGGCUGGAAGACCCCUGAUCGAGAGCCCAGGGGUUGCUCAGGGACCACUCGAUGGCUCCACAUCGACGAAGGGAAGGCCAAGCCAUUGCUGUGAGCUGCCCGUCUAUCCAGUGUGUUUCCAGUCCUCCUAUGGUCCUGCAGAAGUUCCGUCCCCCCCCCCCACUUUUCUAGCCAACGGCACCAUCCCAUUCCCCCUCUACCCUUCUCAAAGGCUGCACUUUACUCCCCACGUAGGAUGGAAAAGAGAAGGCAGCAAUUCCUGGAGGAUAUAAAGGCCGUGGCACCGCUCCCAACUCCAUGCGGGCGGCUUGAAAUCCCAUUGAUUUACCAUCUUCAAUUGGAAUGAAUGGAAAAAUGUCAUCAGCUUUUGUAUUCUCUGCUCUCAGAGCUUAUUUUAAAAAUGUGUAUGGUGUGUUUCGAGGCAGCUCGAAACAAUAAAAGAAUUCA